ACCUGGCCUCACUAGCUUCAGCUAAAACUAAAUUGUAAAUAAGCCGCCAUGAUGGUUCACAAACAAACAACGAGUUACCGUAUACUUAUUGCGCUUUUGUAUUGAUAUAUUUGUUUAUAUAAUUUUGAAAACAUUUAAAACCAUGGUUUUUUGUUGUGUGUUUAAUUGCACUAAUCGUUCUGAAAAUUGUACAAAGUCAUUUUUUCGCAUUCCAACCAUACUUUUACACCACGACGAGGAAGCUAAGCAACUCUCAACAGAAAGGAAAAAUAAAUGGUUUUGUGCAAUAAAACGUGAAGACAUGAAUUUCGAUGCAACUCACUAUAGAGUUUGUUCUGAUCAUUUUAUUACAGGGAAACCUGCUAAAUUAUUCGAGAAAUCUCACCCAGAUUGGAUACCGAAUCAAUCCAUGGGUUAUGAAAAAAAACUGACAGACAUUUCCAGACACAAACGUGCUAUUGACCGUCAACUUGUGAGAGGUGUUACAGAUAUCAUUCAGAAAAAAGAAGAGUUACAAAUUGUUGCAGCACCAUCUUCCGUCGAUUUUAAAGAUUCAAUUUUACAUUCCAUAAAUGUGAUUCAAAAUCAACAUCAUGCAAUUUUGAAUGAUUCAAAAUUACAUGAUAUUGAUUUUGAAGUGGUUGGUGAUGUUCUUUGUAAAAAUAAUUUCAAAGAUUCUUCAUGUCAAACAAGCUUAACAAACAAACACAUUAUUUCCAUGGAUGAAGAAUUAUCUUCAAGUAAAUCCAAAAUUUGUAAUUUGAUGUCAGAGUUGUCUAUUUUAAAUGUUGGUACAAUAGAAUGGUUUGUAUCAGACGAAAAAGUCCUUUUUUAUACAGGUCUUCCAAACAUGGAUGUUUUUUUUACUCUUUUUAAAUUUAUAAGAUCUUUCCUUCUGUGUAAAAGAUCAAAACUUUCAGAUUUUCAACAUCUUUCACUGACUUUGAUGCGUCUUCGGCUUAAUUUAACAUUAAAUGAUUUAGCUUAUCGUUAUAAUGUCAGUUGCACAACAGCCUCUUCUGUGUUUCUCAAAACAAUCGAUGUUUUAUAUGUGAGACUUAAAGAACUUAUAAAAUGGCCUGAUAGAGAGCAGUUAUGUAAGACUACCCCAAUGUGUUUCCGACAACAUUUUGGAACAAGAGUGGGAGUUGUUAUAGACUGCUUUGAGGUAUUUAUAGACAAGCCGAAAAAUGCACUAGCACGUGCACAAACAUUUUCUUCCUAUAAACACCACAACACUGUCAAGUUUUUAAUUGGUAUUGCUCCUCAAGGCGUUGUAAGUUUUAUUUCUUAAUCAUG